AUGCCGAUGCGUGUCAAGUCGCGGCCUCUGCCGGCCGCCCGUGAGCCCAGCCCCAUGUCCGUGAACUGGGACGCCAACCUGCUGCCUGACAUUGGGGUCGACGACGGCUUCCGCGAGGUCAUUAAGAAGCUGUCCGUCUACUUUGCCGAGGUCAUUCAGCUGCCGAGCACCUUUGAGCAGCUCCGUACCACGACUGCCGGCGAUAGCUUGAGGCUGCUCGUAGAUCACCUCAACGCGACGUGCACCAACCCCGCCAUUGUCAAUGCCCUGCUCGCUCUGCGGUGGCACUAUGCUACCGAAGGCGACUCCUACAAUCGCAACCUCGCCGAGGCGCGUGCUGACGCCUGUGAGAUUGUCGCCUGGCGCUUCUUGACCCGCCUGUCUGAGCGUGAGGCCGUCGCUUUCUGCCUCUACGAUAUUCCCGACACCCAGGAAGGCGAGCAGGUCCCCGGCAACGGCGACGAGGAGAGCAACGAACAGUCGCCCCUCCUCUCGCCCAACUGGUCCAAUGCUGGUGCAGGCCGCCACUCGCUUCCGCGCCCCGCUGGCGCCGGCAGCACCAAGCGCUAUCAGCUCUUGUCUUCGCUGUCAAGGCUCACCAUGAGCAUGCACGCCAGCGACGACGAUGACUGCGAAAGCGAUGACGAGGACGACCCAACGGCCCCCUUCAAGUCGCUCAACGCCCUCGAGAUCGCCGCCAUUGCCGACGCCAAGCGCUUCCUCAGCCAGCAUGUCGUGCAGAAGAUCAUCACGGGCAUUUGGAACGGCGACAUUGUCUUUUGGGACAGCCUUUCGAUCCAUGCCGAGAAGAAGCCGCGCUUCUACAACGCACGCACCGCCGAUCCCUUCAGCCGUCUUCGUGUGCCGCGUUACCUCAAGGCCUGGGAGGCUCUCUUCUUCGCCGUCUUCCUGUGCCUCUACUACGGUGUCCUUGUCGAGCUCAACACGGAGAGGAUCACGCCCACCGAGGCGACGCUGUACGUUUGGUUCGCUGCCUUCUGCUACGAUGAGCUGAGCGAGUGGAACGAUGCCGGGUCCAUCUUCUAUGCUGCCGAUAUAUGGAACCUCUUCGACAUGAUCAUGAUCGGUAUCGGCGUUACCUUUGCCAUUUUGAGGGUCAUCGGUCUUGUCAAUGAUGACCAAUACAUCACUGAUCUGGCCUUUAACGUCUUCUCGCUCGAGGCCCUCUUCAUGGUGCCGCGUAUCUUCUCAUUCCUCAGCUUGUCCCCGUACUUUGGCACCUUGAUCCCUUGUCUCCGCGAGAUGGGCAAGGACUUUGUCAAAUUCAUGGUCCUCGUCGUCAUCAUCUACCUCGGCUUCCUCACAACAUUCUCCCUUAUCGGCAAGGAGAAGUUCCCUCUACGUCACAUGGCCAUGAACCUGACCAAGAUCUUCUUCGGCUCGAGUUUUGUCGGCUUCGAAAUUAUGCGCGAUAUUGACCCCGUGUUCGGACCCCCGCUCAUGAUUCUCUUCGUCACGCUCUCGUCCAUUCUCCUCAUGGGCUCGCUCACCGGUAUGCUCAGCAACUCGUUCUCGCGCGUCAUUACCCACGCCCGCGAAGAGUACCUCUAUGUCUACAGCGUCUACGUGCUCGAGGCCUCGACUAGUAACCGCCUCACGCACUUCUACCCGCCCUUUAACCUUGUCGCCCUCGUCAUCUUCCGCCCCCUCCGCCUCAUCCUCCCUUCGGAUAACAAGUUCCGCGCCGGCCGCAUCCUCCUGCUCAAGGCCACGCACCUCCCCAUCGUCGGCGCCAUUCAACUGUACGAGCUCAUCCGCCGUCGCGUCCUGCCGGACGAGUUUGCCGGUUUCGCGGGACCCCGCACCUCGUCGCAAAUCACCAAGCCGCACCGCCAGAUUGGUCUGGGCCGGCCCUCGUCGUCGCAGCGCCCCGGUCUGCCGUCGCCACGCCACUCUUCGGCUCGUGACCAGACGGACGAACGCGAGGAUGACGGCAUGGAGGGCCCGACACCUGUCGAGAUGCGCGUGUCGGAGCUUGCCGAGCGCAUCGACCGGCUCACGGCACUCGUCGAGGCGCUGCACAAGCCACAAGAGCAGAAGGCUGCCAAGACGGACAGCUCCUAG